AUGUGUGGAGGAUUCACUUGUUCUAAAAAUGCUCUGAUUGCCUUGAACAUUCUAUACGUGGUGGUUGCAAGUAUCCUUAUAUCAGUGGCUGUGUAUGGACAGGCAUCAUCACUGGUCACAAACCUGCCUAUAGUGGGAGGUAUACUAGCAUGUGGGGUAUUCCUGAUUUUAAUAUCUCUUUUGGGACUUCUUGGAGCAGUGAAGCAUCAUCAGGUUAUGCUAUUCUUUUAUAUGGUGAUUCUUUUCCUGCUCUUCCUGGUGCAGUUCUCCGUUGCAUGUGCCUGUCUGACUGUCAACUCAGACCAACAGGAAAUAUUAGCUCGUCAGGGAUGGAACGAAGUGCCUAUAGAAGUUAAGGCACAGGUACAAGAACGGUUCGAGUGUUGCGGUUUUCAGACCAGGCUGCCGCAAAAUGGAACAGCCACACAUCCUUCCUGUGUAGAUGUUGACAAAAGAUGUUGCCAGAAUGCAUUGGACCCACUUCAUUGUCAGUGUGAACCUUGUAUGGAACGACUCAAAGAAACAAUUGACUAUGCAUUCAAACUAUGUGGUGGCAUCGGACUGUUCUUCAGUUUCACAGAGCUUUUCGCUGUAUGGCUCGCCCGUCGUUACCGGAAUCAGCCUGACCCUAGCUACAAAGAACCUCACGCUAUAUUUCCUAGGAAAAAUUAUCUUUACUAG